ACGGUCGAUUAAAAAAGCAACACCGUUCGCGCCGUCGCCUCGCGUCCGUCGCCAUCGCCAUUGCUGGAGAAGUCUUGUGGUUGUGCGCGCCGGAUCCUGCAUCUUUCGACGAAUUCGCUGAGUUCGCUGUGCCAAAUCCAACAAAAUGUCAAAGAAAUCAGAAAAGGACGCCCGCAACGACCAGGAUUCGGAUCCCGAGGAGGAAGAAUACUCCGUGGAAGAGGUCCUGGACCGACGCGACAAGAAUGGCAAAGUUGAGUAUUACCUUAAGUGGAAAGGUUAUUCCCAUGAUGACAAUACCUGGGAACCUGAAGAAAAUUUAGACUGCCCGGAUUUAAUCGAGGCAUUUGAGCUUAAGCGGCGCAACAAGAAGGAAGAGGACAAGAAAGCAAACCGCAAAAGUCGCACCAAAGACGAGGAGAAGAAGAAGCCGGUUGAAGACAGCCUCGACACGCCUUUAGCCAAGAAGAAAAAGGUGGAUAAGCCCGAGAAGGAAGAUCGGAAAACCAAAGACGAUGACAAGAAGGCGAAGCGGAAGACUCUGGGCGACGACAACAAGCCCCAAGGAUUCGGCAGGGGCCUGGAACCGGAGAAGAUCAUCGGCGCCACCGACUCCAGUGGGCAGCUCAUGUUCCUCAUGAAGUGGAAGGGGACCGAUGAAGCGGACCUCGUGCCAGCCAAACAGGCCAAUGAAACCUGCCCCCAGAUUGUGAUUAGGUUCUACGAAGAGAGGCUCACCUGGCACUCACCUGCUGCUGAUGAUGAGAAGGGUGUUACUGCUAGUAUUUAAGACGUUGUUAAUCGAGACUAUUGUGACAUCAUCUAUAGUUGCCAUAGAUUGCGCAUGUUCGAGUUUACUUGAUUUAUAUCUUAAAGACUUCUAAAUGUUGGUGUUAAUUGGUUUUCUUCCAUGUCAUUUUUUAGUGUUUAAUCCUUAUUUUUUAUAAUAAUUACUUUAGGUUUCUCUUAAGACCUUAGUCUGGUCCUUCUAUUUUAUUUUGUACAUAGAAUAAUAAAUACUUGACUAAAAUUUUCA